GUGCUGAAUACAUGUCCGAGCCUCCCGCCAAGCGUCCUCGCGAGGCCGAGGCGGAGCAUCACGUCGUGCCGGUGACGCUGAUCUCUGGCUUCCUCGGAGCGGGCAAGACGUCUCUGCUCAAGCACCUGCUCGAGAACAAGGCCGGGCUGCUGAUCGGCGUCAUCGUCAACGACGUGGCGGCGGUCAACAUCGACAAGGCGCUCGUCUCGAGCAAGGCGGCGGGCGAGGGCGGCUUCUCCAAGCAGGAGGACCUGAUUGAGCUCGCCAACGGCUGCGCGUGCUGCUCGCUCGGCGAGGAGUUCCUCCAGUCGAUCGGGACGAUGAUGAGGAGCGCGGAGCGGCGCAACAUGCAGUGGGACCACAUCGUCGUCGAGUCCUCGGGCGUGGCGGAGCCGCGCGAGAUCCGCGACAACUUCAAGAACGCGCAGCUCACCAUGCCGGAGGACCUGCACGGCACCCGCCUCGACACCCUCGUCACCGUCGUCGACGCGUCCACCUUCCUCGCAGAGUUCGAGAAGCGGAACCGCAUCAAGGAGAGGCAGGACCUGGGCGCGGACGGCUACUCGGAGGACAACACGCGGCAGGUGGUUGACCUGAUGUGCGAGCAGGUGGAGUGCUCCGACGUCGUGCUGCUCAACAAGCUCGACCUCGCUCCCGAGGCGGAGCUGGCGCUGCUCAAGGAGACGAUCGGCAGUCUGAACCCGCACGCCAAGCUGCUCGACAGCACGAGGGGCGCCGUCGAGCCCACCUCCAUCCUCGGCGCCGCAAAGGGGCAGGGCGUCUCGAAGCUCGACAGCGACGGGGAGAUGCGCCGUAUCGUCACGCACCUGCACGAGCAUGGCCACCACGACCACGGCCACGCGGCCGCCACGGGGCCUGCGCCGAGCCACGGCCAUGCGGAGCACGGCCAUGCGGAGCACGGCCAUGACGCGGCGACCUGCACCGACAAGUCGCACGACCACGCGCACGCCGGCGGGGGCGGGGGUGGCGGCGGCGAGGUGCUCGUGCACGGGCACCACGAGCAGCACGGGCACCACGACCACGGCCACGCGAGCGGCGGCCACAAGCAGUCGCGCGAGGCGCUCCGGUUCGGCAUCACCUCCUUUUGCUACUCGCGCCGCCGCCCCUUCCAUCCGCACCGGCUGAUGGCGGUCAUCCGGCAGCUGCCCGUGCGGAGGGAGGCGCUUGCUCUCUCCGAGGCUCUCGCGACCAAGGCGCCCGGCGCCACGGCCGCCGCCGACGGUGGCGGCGCCGGCGCAGACGCCGCCGCCGCGCCGGCCGCGGUUGCGGAGGGCGCGGAGGAGCGGUCGCCGAUGCAGGCGCUGAUUCGCUCCAAGGGCUUCGUGUGGCUGUCCAACUCGCAUUCGCAGAUCUUCUACUGGCAGCUGGCGGGCAAGCACUUCGAGCUCACGCAGUACGCAACCUGGUGGGCGGUGGUGGGGGAGGAGGACUGGCCCGAGGACGCCGAGGAGCAGGCGGACCUCAAGAAGGACUUUGCGGGCGAGUUUGGCGACCGGCGCCAGGAGAUGGUCUUCAUCGGCGUGGCGAUGGACGUCAAGAAGAUCACGGCUCUCUUCGACGAAUGCCUGCUCACCGAUGCGGAGCUCGACGUCUACCGGCAGCACUGGGCCGACGGAGGGGCGGCCGCGUGAGGGAGCGGAGAAGAGGGAGGGGGCAGGGAGGCGUAGGCGCGCGGGUGCGCUCUCCUCCACUUUGCCAGAGGCGGGCAGAAAAGUACUUCCCGGGCGGCGGCGCGUCAAAGGCGAGGGGUCCGAGACGCAGCGGACGAGGAGAGGUAGCGGCGGCGAGGCGGCAGAGGACAAGGACGGGGCAAGGUCUGGCAUGCAUGAGGUGAGGGCGCCCCCCCCGGCUCGGUGUCGGUCUGGGUAGGACGAGCGGGGCACUACGAUCACGUGUUUGUUCCCUGCGUGGGUUGCGUACGCCGGGUUGGUGCACCCACGCCGGAGCAGUGCGACGGGUCCGUGUUGGUGCCCACCGUUUCCUUGGCGAACACGUGGAGGAGGAACUGCUUGGUGGGCGGCGCAAUGCCGCAUUCGGAAUGCCACCCAAAGUUUCCACACGAGCCG